AGUAAUUGUACACAUAUUUAAUUAUUUUAUUUCUUGUUAUAAUUUUAUAAGUAAGGGUUUAAUUUAUGUUUAUAUAUAGUGUAUGAUUGAAACAUCAAAAUAGAAAGUAGUGAGUGUUUUCUAACAAAGGUUGAGCUUUGUUGUUUUGUAAGGAGAGAAGAGAGAAAAGCUAUGGCUUCUACUCCUGGUUUUCUCACUCAUUGGCCAUGGGAGCUUCUUGGAAACUUUAAGUAUAUACUAGUGGCACCCUUUGUAGUGCACAGCAUAUACUUGUAUGUAGUAGGAGCAGAGGAGAGAAACAUUCUGUACCUUCUUAUAUUACCUGGUAUGCUUUGGAGGAUGCUUCACAAUCAAAUCUGGAUCAGCUUUUCGAGAUAUCGAACAGCGAAAGGAAACAACCUCAUUGUUGACAGGAGUCUUGAGUUUGAGCAGGUUGACAGGGAAAGGAAUUGGGAUGAUCAGAUAUUGUUCAACUGGCUCUUAUUCUAUGCUGCCUUUUUGGGGCUAGAUGUUUCAAAAAAGAUCCCCAUAUGGAGGACUGAUGGUAUAAUCUAUACACUCCUACUUCACAUUGGCCCUGUAGAGUUUCUAUACUACUGGUUCCAUCGCGCUUUGCACCAUCACUUUCUGUACUCACGCUACCAUUCUCAUCACCAUUCUUCUAUAGUCACUGAACCAAUUACUUCGGUUAUUCAUCCAUUUGCUGAACACAUAGUCUACUUCCUUCUAUUUGCAAUUCCAAUGAUGUCAACUACAUUGGCCGAAACUAGCUCUGUUGCUUCCCUUAUUCUUUACCUUACUUAUAUCGACUUAAUGAACAACAUGGGUCAUUGCAAUUUUGAGGUCAUUCCUAAACGGGCAUUUACUAUAUUUCCUCCCCUCAAGUAUCUCAUGUACACUCCCUCGUAUCAUUCAUUGCAUCACACUCAGUUUAGGACAAACUACUCACUUUUCAUGCCAUUCUAUGACUUAAUCUAUGGAACAAUGGACAAAUCCACCGACACUCUCCAUGAAAAGUCCCUUAAGAAGCCAGAAGACAUUCCAGAUGUUGUUCAUCUUACUCAUCUUACUACACCACAGUCUAUUUACCAGCUUAGGUUAGGGUUUGCUUCUCUUGCCGCGCAACCAUUGGCCUCCAAAUGGUACAUGUGGCUCAUGUGGCCUCUCACAUUAUGGUCCAUGAUCUUGACAUGGGUAUAUGGCCGAACAUUUAUCAUCGAAAAAAAUUCAUUCAAAAAGCUUAAGUCUCAAACUUGGGCUCUACCGCGCUACAGGAUACUUUAUCUCUUGCACUCACAGCAAGAGGGUAUUCACAAGUUGAUAGAAGAAGCCAUACUAGAUGCAGAUGAGAAAGGGAUCAAAGUAAUGAGUCUUGGACUUCUAAAUCAGGGGGAGAAUCUCAACAGAAAUGGUGAAAUUUACUUGGAAAAGCACCCAAAAUUGAAAGUGAAAGUGGUUGAUGGAAGCAGCUUAGCUGUUGCAGUUGUGCUUAAUAGCAUCCCAGCAGGAACUUCCCAAGUCGUGUUUAGGGGUAGGCUGUCUAAGGUUGCUUAUUCCACUGUCUCCACGCUAUGUCACAAAGGCGUCCAGGUAUCUACUCUAAGGAAGAAUGAAUAUGAGAAGCUCAAAAAGGCUCUAUCAACUGAAGAUGGAAAUAAUUUGGCACUUUCUGCUAAAGCCUGCAAUCAGAAGGUGUGGUUAGUAGGAGAAGAUUUGACAGAAGAAGAGCAAUCAAUGGCAUCAAAAAGAACUAUAUUCAUUCCCUUCUCUCAAUUCCCUCCCAAGAAAACAAGAAAAGAUUGCGUAUAUCUCCACACUCCAUCAAUGGUAGUUCCUGCUUCUUUCGGAAACCUGCAUUCUUGUGAGAACUGGUUGCCUAGGAGGGUGAUCAGCGCCUGGCGUGUGGCCGGAAUUUUGCACGCUUUGGAAGGAUGGAAUGUAAAUGAAUGUGGUGACAAGCUUUUCGAUGUCGACAAAGUCUGGGAGAGUUCACUUCACCAUGGAUUUCGACCUGCUCUCACUCCGGUUUACUGA